AAUAUUUGAUGGAAAUGUUUACUAACUAUUUGAGUUUUUUCCUUCCUACUUGAAUGAUGUGAGAGUAAAAGUCAAAUCAAUGAAAGUGUGGAUCCACACACUCUCUCAAAUAAGACAUAUAUAAAAUCUUCUUUUUCUAGAGUAAAAGACCAAUUUGCCAAGCUUUCAUUUUCAGUGAAAUUUCAUCACAGGAUUAUAAGAAAAAAGAAAGGAAAAAAAGAGGUUGCUUCCUUUGCUGGGUCUGUUUCAAAUCUGCAAUUUCCAAACAUACCAUAUUAAUUACUGUUUCUGCUGUUGUUGAAUUUAUCUUGAAGAUAACCUGAAUAAAUUUGCAAGGAAUACCUAUCGCAAACACUAGAAUAUUUGGAUCGUUAAUCGGAGAUAAUAGGAUCAUAAGAACAUGGCUCAAACACUUGAAGGUAUGAAGGGCAAAAGCGGAUCAAUCAAACUAGGAACUACCGGAACAAUCGGUUCCUUAAUGACAAGAGAAUUGGAUCAUAUCUCUCCUGUAUCACACAAACAGCAUGUAUCUUCAAGAAAUAAACCUAGAACACUACCUGUUUCUGUUCCUUGUACUAGUACCGGUACAAGUGCGACUCCGAAAAGACUACAACCAAGAAAAUCAUCAGAUGAAGCCAGUGGCAGUGGAAGUAGUAAAAUUACAAAUCAUAGAACAAAAGCUAAUAGUACUACUAGUAGGAAUACUCAUAGAAUACCAAUGUUAGGUUCUGCUGAUAAUUUUUCGGUGGACAGAACUCCAGCCAGAGAGAAAAAAAGUGAUAAAAAGAAACCUAACAUUGUUGAAGUCGUCGAUAUAAAAUGUGGGAAUGUAGAUAAGACUUGGGCUACUCCUCUAACAAGUCGUCUUAAGAAGCUCGGUUUCUCAAAGCUCUCUGAGAGCAUUAUCUAAGACUGAAAUUUUUUCGUAUCAGACCGUAGGUUUCUGUAACCGAAAACCGAGGUCCCGUUUGGCCUACUGUUGUCUGAUACAUCAACCAUAGAGCACAUACUUGGUAGGAGCUUGCCACUUACUCGCUUUUUCUUUGUACUUUCAACUGUUGAUACAACUGUGCUUCUGGAAUUUGUGCUAAGGGAAGAACCUACAUCUGUGAUCUGAGACUUGUUCCUCUGUGACCUGUCUUGUGAAUUUGAUUCGAUCCGGCUGAAGUAAUCAAUUUCCUGCAUUAUGAGGGAUGCCACCGUGCCUCGGGUGCCUAUUUCUAUCGGAGGAAAUUCAGCCAUAUCUUUUGUGGAUUUAUGCAUGCUUUCUUUGGUUGGUGCUGAGGAUUGAGCUAAAUCUUCUGUUUGAAGAAGUACUAUUUGUGGUUUUGUUCUUGUGGGGAAAUUGCAGAGAUUUUGGGGGUUCUUUUUUGUUUCAAGAGAUGUAGUUUUACAAGAAUUCUUCAUCUUAUGUUCUAUAUCUGAAAUGCAUGGGAUAAAGUUUGUGUAAUUUGGAGAUUGGCUGAUGAUGAUAUUAUGGUCACAGCAUUCAUGUGCUUGUAGUUAAAACACUCAGAUUUCUAACUACUAAACUACCCUUUUUAACUGCUUUUUAAGUUACUUCAUUUUCCUAGGUACAUGCUAGCUCAUUAUUCGGGACUACUUGUCAGUGUGAAACAAUGUUUUAAAAACCGGUCUGAACCAGCCGGUUCGAUUGGUUGGUUUGGUUCUAGUUACAUUGUAGUCUGGUUGAACCGAAAUUGAAACAUGUUGACCCAGUUCACUUGUGGUUGGUUCGACCAGUUUUCAGUUUUUACUUGUUUAUUUAUUUGUCAUGUGGUUGAAAUAUGGUUGAACCUAUUGAAGCAAUUUACUUGUGUGAAAACUCAGUAUCCGGUCCAAACAUCGGCAAAUCUGAGGGGCACUAAUUCCACCGUCCACUAGUAGGGACCUAAGUGAAGCUAGAGUUUUGCUCUGUAUGAUUGACCCAACAUAGCAAGUGGCAGCAGGAGGAUUCAAAUAUGAGACUUUGAGAGAAGCACACACCAAAGUCCUAAUUCUUCACCAUCAAACGAAUCCAUGAAGCUAUUAAAUCGUGAUUUGAGAGGUCUCACCGGUUUAAUAUCCGGUCUAGUUUCUAAAACAUUGGUGUUAAGUGAAUCAUUAUGAAAAGUAAAAUAGGACAAACCCUUUCAUUGA